GUUACUUGUUUGGUUUGGACUGGGUCAACUUAACAGUCUUAACAUCGACAUCUGAAGAGCGAAGUCUUGCGCGCGAGUUGGUGUUUAGCCGUCAAAGUGCGUGCAGUGAAUGGUGCUAAAAACAAAGUGCUGCAAUGAAGUGUAUUAGUGUGUUGUUAUUUAUAACAAUAUUUGGCGGCACAUGGCGGCUAGGCCGACCGACCUGCGUUUUGGAAUCAGAUUUUGGAUUUACCCUCAACUGUGCUUUUAAGAAAUCUGGCCUGUUUCGAGUUAGAAAUCUUGGUGGUGUCAAGGCUCACAUAGGCCUGGGUUUUAGUCUUGGGGAUGAACUGGGUUUUAAGGAAUCUCUGUCUAAUGUUGAAAACAAUAGAAGACGAUCCGCCCAAGCUUCUCGCCUACAAGCCCAACUGAUCCAAGCCCAACAAAAAAUGAAGGCUGAGAACUCACUUCGGGUUCGUUCACCUGCAGCGUCCGAUCCCGUCGAAGUUCCUAACAUGCAAGAAGUAAUGAAAAAAUCGUCAGUUCCGACAGUUCCUCCUUUUAAACCCAUACCACCUGCCCCCGAACGACCCCAAGCGCCCAAAACCAACAUACCAACCCCCGCAGUCAUGGGCAUUGCCGUGCCGCCGUACAACCCCAUGCCUUCUUCCAUUUCGAGACAAUCCACCGGCCCGACCUUACCCUCGGAGCCCAGUAAACCCAAAGUGAUGGCAGUCGUUGUGCCCAUGAACAAAGUGCAAUCUAGUGAUAAGUUGAGCAGUACGAAUUUCGCGCUCAGGACGCUACCGUCUCCAAAUAACGAGCUGCCCGCAGUCAAUCCUAACUCAAUUCAAGCUAUUUUGGCCACCAACAACAUUACGGAAGACAUGUUACAAACGGCGUUAGUUCAAAGACAUCAGAUGGUGGCCAAACCCAGAACCACAACGACCACAGCAAGACCGGUCAACAAAUACGCGAAUAGUGUAGGCAAAGUGAUGAAUGCACCUAAGGAAUACUAUCCCGUAGGGUACGAUAAAAAUUUUGAUGACAAUUUUGCGUCGAGGGUUGAGCUACCGGAAACCUCUUUCUACUGUGGGGACCAGAAACACUUUCCGGGACUUUAUGCUGAUGAGGACCUGGGAUGUAUGGUAUUCCACGUGUGCGCUUUGACGGACGAUGGUUUAAUCAUGAAGAGCUUCCUCUGCCCAGAGUCAACACUCUUUGAUCAAACAAUUCUAAAGUGCAAUUGGUGGUUUUACGUAGAUUGCAAAAACUCCAAAAAACUCUACGAUUCAAAUAUUCCGAUAUCUAAAAGCUAUCAGCUUAUGAAAGCUUUGACGUUUUUCUCUGGGUACAAAAAGGACAGUUCGACAACACCCAAAUCGAAAGAUAAAGACUGAUAAUUUUAGUUUGUCUUAGAAUAUUCAAUUUUUCGAUGUUAGCAAGGAGGUAUUGUACUAUGAAAGUAGAUGAAUAACAUGCAUCAAUUGAGAGACUCUUGAUACAGUUUAACAAUUUCCCGAUCAAGUAUACUUUCACAUUAGUGUUUCUAGAGAAUUCUUUUUUUUGUGUUUCUGUAGCCGGACAAACGAGUUUUCCACAUUGGAGUGAAAUAACUCGAUGUGUAAAGACAUUAUUUAAGAUACUCUCCUUGUUUAACAUAAGCUCAAAGGAAAAAUCUAAGUCUUAUUUAUUGUUAUGUAGGGGUUAUUUAACUACUUAUCAGAUUAAGGUGCUUUGCAAUUAGAAACUCAUUAGAAAUUUUGAUUGUAUUAAUCAACAUCCAUGAUGUGCUCGUGUAAUUUUUACUAUUAAGUUAAUCAAAAAAUUGAACCAUGGGUAAUAAAUACUACUGUGUAUAUUGAUAGAAACAGCAGAAAAACGUUCCUACCGCAACAACUGUGUAUCAUCGUAUUUGAAAUCGAGCUUGUUUUAACACCACUUACUGAUGUAAAAAAUUAACAUUUUAUUUCUGUCGCAUUUAAGAUUUUGCACUGGUUAUAGGUUAUUAAAAUUACUCCCAGUUUCAACAGAAAUGACGUAUUUUUAACUAAAACUGGUUUUACACCCGCGACCUGUCAAUUUUUUGAUGAAAUCUGUAAGUGGGGUUAAGCCAAUUGUAACUUUGCCUGUGUUAAAAAACGGUUAGGUGCCUUUGAGAAUCAUUAUCUGUAAAUCUAUUACCAAAUAUUUGAAUGUCGCAUGUAAUUGUUAUCCCUUUUUUAUUACGAAUUUUUUA